AUGGCCGACGACAACAAGAAUUCCACCAUCUUCCGCCGACUCACCCAGGCGUCGCUAGUCGAGAUGACACAGCGGCAGGUCGAGCACAAGGCGCACAUCGAAGCGUUGAAGCACAAACGCAAGGAGCGAGAGAGGCGCCGAACCGAGGCGCCGACACACGAAGAGGCGACGGAGGCGGCGGCGGCGGGGCACGAAGAGGAGCCGCCCCUCGGCUCGACGCCGCUGCCGCCGCACGACGAGGAGGAGGCCGCAAAGGUGGAGCUGUUCAGCGGAUAUUGUCGUGAAGUCUACGCCGCAUAUCCCGGAAAGCAUCAGCAGGAGAAGCUUCUGCCGAAUAAAGAUCUGGUGGCCGGCCAGACUCUGCCACCGAUGUACAUAGAUCGGAUCCCCGACGAACUGCUCGCCACGCCUCUAGAGGAAGUAGAUCCAUUCUACGCGCAUAGCUACACAAUGUUUAGCGCUAUAGUCAUGAUCACGAUCCUAGUCAACUGCAUUUUCAUGGCGCGAAAGGCGCCGCCGAAGGGGUGGAUUUUUACUGGCAUAUAUACAUUUGAAAUGACAAUCAAACUUCUAUCUAGAGGAUUCAUCUUAGAACAUUUUACAUAUCUUCGUGACGCGUGGAAUUGGCUUGACUUUUGUGUGAUACUUCUAGCAUAUUUAACAGAAAUGGUAGAAGGUUUAGGGAAUUUCACCGUAUUGCGGACAUUCAGGGUGCUUAGAGCUCUUAAAACUGUAGCUGUAUUACCAGGUUUGAAAACUAUCGUUGGUGCUUUACUGGAGGCGGUGAAAAGGCUGCGUGACGUCAUCAUACUCACGAUCUUCGUGCUGGCGGUGUUCGCUCUCAUCGGGCUUCAGAUCUACAUGGGAUCUCUGCGGCAGAAGUGCGUGCAGGACAUACCGCUGGAGUACGGCAAUGUCACCGACGACUUCCGCGAGGAUUGGAAGCUCAACUCGUGUACGUAUACGGGAAGACUUCAUCUUGUCUUCUCUGGGAUGGAGCGGAGGAGGGGCGCGUGUCCCGAGGACUUCACAUGCUACGAGAAGCUGGGAGAUAAUCCUAACUACGGCUACACCAGCUUUGACAAUUUCUACGUGGCAAUGCUGUCGGCGUUUCGACUUAUGACGCAGGAUUAUUGGGAGAAUCUUUACUCGCUGAUCCUGCGGGCUAACGGCAUAAUCCACAUCAUCUUCUUCAUGAUGGUCAUCUUCUUCGGCUCCUACUAUCUUGUCAACCUGAUCCUUGCCGUCGUCGCGAUGUCGUACGACGAGCAGCAGGCGGCGACGAAGAAAGAGGCCGAGGAGGCGGAGGCGGCGAGACAGGAGGAGGACGACCGGUUGGCGCGCGUUAAGGGGGAGGAGGAACACCACGCCGAGGCGCACGACGCCGUCAAGAAGUCUCCGUCGGACUUCUCCUGCGGUAGCUACGAUCUGUUCGUCGGCCAGGAUGGCCUCAGUAAGGACGCGUCGGACGACAAGCGAUGUGAGAAGAUUAGUGUCAGCAUGAAGUCGCAGGACCUCCUCGACAGGGACUCGACAGCCGACAAGCUUAGCGUUGCCCAGCAACAGCAGCAGCAGCAGCAGGUGAACGGAACCGGACGCCAGACCAGUGUAACACCUGGAUCACCUUAUAAUCGACGUGGCAGCAAAUCGAGCCAGUUUAGUUGGCGUAACGGCAAGCGAGCGGCGGACAGGAAACGGCUCGUCGAGGCCGCCUCGCUCUUUGAUACUGUAGAUUUCCCGUACGCGGACGCGUCGGCCACCGUAACGCCGACGUCUGAGAUAUUCAGUGACACCGCGACGCUGCCGAGAAUACACGCGCCCGGUCACGCAGACGCGCUAGCGCUCACGCCCGCCGCCGCCGCCGCCGCAGCCGCAGCGCGCACGUCGUCGCCGCCCCCCAACCACGCACUCUUCAACGGUCGGCUCGUGCGCGACCAGACGCCACACGGUGACAGCAAAUUGCUUGACUCCCACUCGACGUACGCGCGCAAUUUGGGAAUGCACUCGCUCAUUCCCGACGGCGGCGUCAAAGACAAAAAGAACAAUGUAAGAACCGCGCAAAGCAAGGAAAAUGAACUUAUCGAGCUAAAGUACUUGUUUCCCACCACCGAUAUUGAAGAUUCGCUGUUCACGACCGGGUUUAACUGGGAUCGGGGAUGGCUGAAACCACGGGCAGCCUCCUGCGAACCAUCCCUCACCAACUCUCCCAGCCCGACGCCGCCCGAGACACGAGACGAACACGCACACGAAGAGGAGAAAGAGGACACGCCCUGCGCCGUAAAGAUGCAUCAUUACGCGAUGGACUACGUGCUCGGCUGGGAAUGCUCGCCCUGCUUCAAGAAGGUGCAGAACGUCAUCGGCUUCUUCAUCCUCGACCCCUUCGUCGAUCUGUUUAUCACGAUCUGCAUCGUCGUCAACACUCUCUUCAUGGCGCUCGACUUCUACGGCAAGUCGGACGCUCUCGACCGCACGCUGACCAACGGCAACUCAUUUUUCACGGCCGUAUUCGCGAUCGAGUGCUUUGCUAAGAUGCUCGCCAUGAGUCCGAAGUAUUACCUGAAGGACGCCUGGAACUGCUUCGACUUCUUCAUCGUGAUGUUGAGUCUGCUAGAGAUGGCCAUGGACGACGUCGGCGGAUUCUCGGUCCUCAGAUCUUUUCGAUUGUUACGGGUAUUUAAGUUAGCCAAGUCGUGGCCCACACUCAACCUUCUGUUCAGCAUCAUGGGUCAGUCGCUGGGUGCGCUGGCCAACCUCACCUUCAUCCUCGGCAUUGUAGUCUUCAUCUUCGCCGUCGUCGGCAUGCAGCUGUUUUCCGCUCGAUACACAGACGUAAAAAGCCGAUUCGGUGGCGUCAAGCCGCGCUGGAACUUCGCGACUUGUCUGCACUCGUUCAUGAUCGCGGAGUCCCUGUUUCGCGUGCUGUGCGGAGAGAUGUGGAUAGAGUCGAUGUACUGCAUGCACGUCGCCGGCGCCAUGUGGUGCCCUUCUCCGUUCCCGCUUCUACUCGUUCGUCCGUCAUCGGCAAUCUCGUGGGUGCUCAAUCUGUUCUUGGCUCUGCUACUCAGCUCCUUUUCGGGUGAUACAUUUAUCCAGUCGGAGGACACGGAACCUAACAAACUACAAGAGGCGAUCGACAGAAUCAAGAGGUUCGUCGCGUUUACGAAAGCGUGGAUGCUACGGUCGAUUAAAUCCAAGACCAAGCCGAGGUCACACGAUCACAAGGUCGCAGCCGUCAAAUCUGGUAAUCAAGUAGAUAGCAUAGCUUGCGAGGUUCUAGCCGACGGUGAGGUGCGACUGAAAGCACAAAAUAGCAAAGACCGUGAUGCGACGAAAGACGACAUAGAUUGCUUGCCUAACAACGUUAAGAAAGACCUCGACAGGGAAGGUUGGCCAGCCAACAACGUCAGCGUCACGUGUGUGCAACUGAACGAGAAGAAGACUGUGAUAGCAUCUCCCAGAGAUUACGAAAAGACGCAGAACGGGCAGACUAAGAGCAGUCAGGAGGCGAUCGCGUCAAUGUCGGACGACAUCAAGAGUAACAAGUCGAAGUCGUCGUCUUCGUGCACGUCGCGCGACGAAAUGAUGGGAAGUGCCGAUAAGGAGACGCCCCCAAAGUCUCCAAGCCUCGAGUCGAUUGAACGCGGGGAGAAGACGUCCAUCGUCGGCUCCCACAAAGAGGAGGGCAACGAAGCGGCCGCCGGGGUAGAGGGGGAGGAGGAGGAGGAGGAGAACAACGAGCCGGAGCCUUGCUUCUCCGUCGCCCUGCACGUCGAGGGUCCGGGUCCCACAAUCGUCUGGACCCGCACCCGCCACGUCGCCGCCGCGCUAACUGUGUUCCUCUCGCGCGACAUGGCCUGGAGGACGUCUACCUGCACACCGUCCGUGAUAUCAUUUGUCAACCUGGCAGCAGAAUACAUAGAAAGCCUUUCUAACAUGAGUGCCUUCCGUUCGAUGCGAACACUGCGCGCCCUGCGCCCGCUACGAGCAGUGUCGCGCUGGGAAGGGAUGAAGAUCGUCGUCAACGCGCUGAUCGGCGCCAUACCAUCGAUUUCGAACGUCUUCGUCGUCUGCCUCGUCUUCUGGCUAAUCUUCUGCAUCAUGGGCGUGCAGUUCUUCGGCGGAAAGUUCUUCAAAUGUAUCGACAUCGAGGGCAUCAAGCUGAGCUACGACAUCGUGCAGACGAAAGAGCAGUGUCUGUUGCUGGAGAGCACCAUGAAUUACACGUGGGUGAACGCGGCCGUCAACUUCGACAACGUCGGCAACGCCUACCUGGCCCUGCUGCAAGUGGCAACGUGGAAAGGCUGGAUAACUAUCAUGUAUGACGCCAUCGAUGCCGUUGGGCAAGAGGAGCAGCCGAAAGAAGACAACCAGGUGUACAUGUAUCUGUACUUCGUCAUCUUCAUCGUGUUCGGUGCUUUCUUCACUCUCAACCUCUUCAUCGGUGUCAUCAUCGACAACUUCAACGCGCAGAAGAGGAAAAUGGGUGGAAAUCUGGAGCUGUUCAUGACUGAAGAUCAGAAGAAAUACUACAAGGCUAUGAAGAAACUAGGAUCAAAGAAGCCGGGCAAGCCGAUCCCGCGGCCAAAGAUGAAGAUCCAAGCGCUCGUCUUCGACCUGACGACCAAUCAAAAGUUCGACAUCUUCAUCAUGUCCGUCAUCUGCCUGAACAUGAUUGCGAUGUGCAUCGAGCACUACGGACAGACGAAGACCGUCGAACACGUCCUCUUCAACGUCAACCUAACCUUCAUCGGUAUCUUCACGUUCGAAUGCGUGCUGAAGCUGAUCGGUCUGCGAUGGCACUACUUCAAACAGCCGUGGAACGUGUUCGACUUCGUCGUAGUCGUGAUGUCAAUCGCCGGUCUCCUCCUAGCGGACCUCAUCGAGAAGUACUUCGUAUCGCCGACGCUUCUGAGAGUCGUGCGCGUCGCCCGCGUUGGCCGCAUCCUGCGUCUCAUCAAGGGCGCGCAGGGAAUCCGCACGCUGUUGUUCGCGCUUGCCGUAUCCCUGCCGGCUCUCUUCAACAUCGCCAUGCUGCUCUUCCUCAUCAUGUUUAUCUUCAGCACGUUCGGCAUGGGCUUCUUCGCCUUCACGAAGCCGAUGUACGGACUCGACGACGUGCUGAACUUCCAGACGUUCGCGCAGGCGAUGGUCGUCCUGUUCCAAAUAUCGACGUCGGGCGGCUGGGACGGCGUGCUCGCAGCGCUAUCUAUCGGCGAGCCCGACUGCGAUCCGAAGGCGCCGCCGAAUGAGAAAACGUACGGCAACUGCGGGAAUCCGGGCGUCGCCGUGCUGUUCCUCGUCACCUAUCUAGUCAUCACGUUCCUCAUCGUCAUCAACAUGUACAUCGCUGUGAUACUCGAAAACUUCUCGCAGGCGCAGGAGGACGUGCAGGAGGGCCUCACCGACGACGACUUCGACGUCUACUACGAGAUCUGGGAGAAGUUCGACGUGAAGGGCUCCAACUACAUCCCCGUGACGAUGGUCAGCGACCUUGUCGACGCGCUAGAGGACCCGCUGCGGAUUCCAAAGCCAAACAUCAUCAGUCUGGUGACGAUGAACAUCGCCAUCUGCAGCGGCGACCGCGUGCACUGCGUCGACAUACUCGACGCGCUGACGAAGAACUUCCUCGGAACGACGGGCGACCUCGGCUCGAUCGGCGGCGACGACACCGACAUGCUGGCGAAGCGCGGCGAGGACUACGACCCGGUGUCGACGCUGCUGGAGCGACAGCAGCAGAUCGUCGCCGCGCGCACCAUACAGAGGGCGUGGCGCACCUUCCAGCAGCGACGCAACAGCGGCUGGGUGCCGCCGCCAAUGCCCUCCUCCCGACGCCCCUCUGCAGCGUCCGUGCUGCUGCCGAAGAGCUCCAGUGCGCAGAGCGUCGGCGCCGCGUCUCAGAGGAGCCGCGGCAGCGCGCGCUCGGCGCUCUCCGGGUCGAGGCGGCGUCCGAGCGCGUCCGGUUCUAGUUCCAGACACAGCGUGUCGAGCGGUCAGAAUCCGCCGCUCGGCGAAGCGGCGCUGCCGUCGCCGCUUGAUGAAGUCACCGUUACCUUGACGACGCCCAGCGACGAUAAGACGUAG